AUGGGCGGGACCCGCGGUACGACCUUGCAGGGGUUCCUCACCUUCCUCCUCGUCUACGCCGCCGCCCGCCUCGGCAAGGAGCUCGUCGGGGCCAGCAUCUCCUCGGCGCUCGCCCCCGCGGGCGAGCCGUUGCCGCCCUCCGCGCCGCUCUGCCCCGCCGGCGAUGUGGGCUGCGACGGCGAGGGCGAGGUGCUGCGGAGGAAGGCCCGGCUCGCGGACGCCGCGGCCCCGGGCAAUAGCAGCGGCGAGCUGCUGGGCGCCCCGCGCCGCGAGGGCGCGCUCGCUGCGGGCGGCCUCGCCGCGUGGCCGCGGGGCCUCCCGCGGGUGGCCCUCGGGCUGUCGUCGUGA